AUGGUGAUCCACUAUCUCCAUAAUAUUUUAAUCUAAUUCAAUUGUAAUGCUUUCUGUGAAUAAGUCAUGGAGACCUAAAGAACAACAACACUAAAUAUCGGAGUUAACAAAUGUUCCGGCAGCUUAUCAGUCAAGUUCAAGACCUCGUAGAUCUCCAUGGCUUUCCUCCUCCUCCAUCGCCUCCAGUUGCCCCGCCGUCGUAUUUCUUUCAUUCUCAACCUCCAACGACACUGCCACCUCCGUCGCCGUCACAACUUCAUGACGACAGGAAAUCAAAGAGAGCUCCAAACGAGCUAAAACGAAUCGAAACUUGUGGUUCAAAAUCAAACGAGACCAUGGAAGAGAUCUGGAGAUACUUCCCGGACGACUUAUACGAGGUUGUCAUCGCAAGACUUCCGGUUGCCGCAUUCUUCCGUUUCCGAUCAGUUUGCCGGAACUGGAACUCCUUACUGACUUCCGACGGCUUCACCCGUCAAUGUUCUCAAUUCCGGCCACCCCAACCUUGGUUUUACACCAUAACGCAUGAAAACGUCAACUCAGGAGCUAUGUACGACCCAGUCUUAAGAAAAUGGCACCACCCGAUUCUCCCCAAAAUACCCACAAACACCAUUUUUUUCCCGGUGGCUUCCGCCGGUGGUCUCCUCUGUUUUCUCGACAUCGGACAUGGAACCUUCUAUGUGUGCAACCCUCUAACCAGUUCCUUCAAAGAAUUACCCACUAGAUCGGCGAAAGUCUGGCAAAGAGUAGCUGUCGGAAUGAUUAGUGAAAAAUCAAGUGGGGCAUAUAAGAUCAUGUGGCUUUCCUCUAAUGGCGAGUACGAGGUUUACAAUUCCAGAAACGACAGGUGGCAACGCCUAGGAACCAUGCCGGAAUGUAUCAAGCUACCAUUAUCGUUAAACUUAACUUUACAGGUUGUUGCGGCAGAUGGGUGGUUGUAUUUUCUAAGGUCGGAUCCGGAUGGGAUAGUGUCGUUUGAAAUGGAUUCCGGAGUUUGGAAGGAAUACCUGAUUCCAUUCCCGCCGGAAUCGAGGGACCAUGCGUUGACGGAAUGUGGAGGACGGAUUAUGAUGGUGGGGGUGGUAACGAAGGGUCCCGCUAGCUGUGUUUGUGUAUGGGAGCUUCAGAAGAUGACGGUCUUGUGGACGGAGGUUGACAGAAUGCCAAAUGUUUUGUGCUUGGAGUUGUAUGGAAAGCACGUUAAGUUGUCUUGUUUGGGUAACGGAGGAUUGGUUAUGUUUUCUCUUGAAUCUAAAAUGACGAAUCGAUUGAUUACUUAUGACAUUUUGAAGAAGGAAUGGUUGAAGGUAAAUGGUUGUGUGCGGAAGGGAGUACGGAUUGUCUGUGGGACUGCGUUUCAUCCAUCCUUAACAGCAAUCGCUUGA